AUGCAUACCCUGUGGUUUACUCUGCUCAAGCACGGGCGCGCACCCACCUCGUGGACCAAGAUUGAUAUUCAAGCACUCGAAUUUGUUCGACUCUCGAUGCGAAAUGAAUUUGUCCACUUCCGUCUUUGUGACUCUGACUGGAAAACCGACCAACUUGCAAUCCGACAUUACCCGCAGUGGACACAUAGGCCGAGAGAACCGGGGAAUGCCAUUCAAAGUACCAUCAAACAGGAGAAUGUUCGUGAGAUGUCACUUGCAGCAACCACGAAUUCAAAGCGCCCACAAUCCCUUACCAUUUCACCAUCUACACGACGCCCGAAGAAGAAAAAAGAUGACCAUGUUGAGACUGCGACUGGAUCUACAGCUCUCGUACUAAAUUCCCUUGCAAACCAGGCUAGUAUGAAAUCAAGGCAUGUUCUGCGACAUGAAGUUGAUAUGUUCGACACCUCCAACGAAGCUUCCGAUGCUCUCCCCAACAUUGCAAACAGAGUGGUAAAGAUUGUCAAUCCAUUAACGGGGUUGUUUAAACCAAAGGAAGGCGCUUGCAAUCUCCCCCCUACACUACCUGCCAGCACUAGCAGCAUGAGCACAUCCUCGUCAACAGCCGAACUCGUUGCGCAUAUGGCAAGUGCUACCGUUAAUGAUGCUAUCAACGACGUGACCACUAUCCCUCCAACUUCCGAGGGGAAUCAGACUUUCAUCCAGCUUCUUUCAAACGCCAUCAUAUCAGCCAAAGAUGCGUCUGCACAUGCAAGUGCCUUGCCUCCUACCACUGUCAACUCAUCCAGCGCAGUAACAAUCCUUGAUGUGGACACCACGACGGCACCUAAUAAGACCGUGCCAAAGAAAAAGGACCCCAAUGCAACAAAGGAGGUACAUGGUAGAGCAACUGCAAAGAGUCUAUGCGCUAUUGAUUGGGUUGCCUCCAACCCAGGCAGCACAAAUGCCGCAUUUGAGAAUUAUUGGCGAAGGCUCGACAAGGACGAGAAAAAGAAAUAUCAAGAUAGGCUUGCGCUCGUGCGAACAGCAAGAGCUUGCGCUGUCGCGUCGCCUAGUAUCACUGGCAGCGAGGUAGGAGGGGCAGCGGACUCGAUGGUAUCGGCGCCACGCUAG